CUCUCUCUACACUCAAAGAAAACACAGAGACUCUUCACGCGCCAAAAAAAAAACUCAUCACCUUCUUCUCCCCCUACCCUCCCAAUGACUUCAGAGUCUGUCAAGCAUAUGCCUAUCCACGGCGGAACAACCAUCUCCGCCGCAUCCUUCGAAUUAAAAGGCUUUCUCUCAGCCGCGAAACCAAGAAAAGCCUCGACUUUUGUAUACGCCUUCGUCAUAACCUUUGUUGCCUUCACUGUUCUCUUAGUCUUCACACCUUCUCCCAUCACUGUCUCUCAUUCCAUUCCUUCAUACAUUCUCCCUAAUGUCACUGCCUCCACCACAUUGCCAGCACCCGCGCCGGAAAAUCUCACUCCGGCUAUUAAAAACGCAACCUUUGAGUCUCCCAUCGGUAAUGGAACAAAUUCACUUGCUUCUGACUCCCGGAGCGACCAUGCAUGGGAGAACAUGUUGUCUCCCGACAAUAAGACUGGUGAUACUUCUCGAAGUUCCGACAAACAACUACCCGCGGAAACUCCUCUGUUUAAGGAUCCAGCAGUCAAUUCCUCUGCUUUUAAGAAGAGAAAACAGAGGAGGAAGUCGUGGAUGAGACGAGAGAUAAAGUCUUUAAAGAACUGCGAGUUUUACGAGGGAGAGUGGGUGAAAGACGACUCGUAUCCUCUCUACAAACCCGGUUCGUGUAAUCUGAUCGACGAGCAGUUUACUUGUAUCUCCAACGGGAGACCUGACGCUGAGUUUCAGAAAUUGAAGUGGAAGCCAAAGCAAUGCACUUUACCAAGGUUGAAUGGAGGCAAAUUGCUGGAGAUGAUUAGAGGAAGAAGACUCGCGUUUGUUGGAGAUUCACUGAAUAGGAACAUGUGGGAGUCUUUGGUUUGUAUUCUCAAAGGAUCAGUGAAAGAUAAGAGUCAAGUCUUUGAAGCUCAUGGACGGCAUCAGUUCCGUUGGGAGGCUGAGUACUCGUUCGUCUUCAAAGAUUAUAAUUGCACUGUGGAGUUCUUUGCAUCACCUUUCUUGGUUCAAGAAUGGGAAGUUUCCGACAAGAACGGGACUAAGAAGGAGACUCUGAGGUUAGAUGUGGUAGGGAAGUCGUCUGAGCAGUACAAAGGAGCUGAUAUUCUAGUAUUCAAUACUGGACAUUGGUGGACUCAUGACAAAACUUCCAAAGGGGAGGAUUAUUAUCAAGAAGGAAGCAAUGUACACCCGAAACUCGACGUGGAUGAAGCUUUUAGGAAAGCAUUAACGACUUGGGGUCAAUGGGUUGAUGAGAAUGUCAAUCCAAAGAAGUCUCUUGUCUUCUUCCGUGGAUAUUCACCUUCACAUUUCAGUGGAGGGCAAUGGAAUGCGGGAGGGGCUUGCGAUGAUGAAACAGAACCGAUCAAGAACGAGACAUACCUAACGCCUUACCCUUCUAAAAUGUUAAUACUUGAAAGAGUUCUAAAGGGGAUGAAAUCUCCGGUCACGUAUCUCAACAUCACAAGGCUAACAGAUUACAGAAAGGACGCUCACCCAUCUGUUUAUAGGAAACAUAAACUAUCUGCAAAAGAAAGGAAAUCACCAUUGUUGUACCAAGACUGUAGUCACUGGUGCCUCCCAGGUGUGCCUGAUUCUUGGAACGAGAUUCUCUAUGCUGAGAUGCUUGUAAAGCUCCACCAGCUUCGGGGCAACAGACGGCGGAAACCUAAAGGUUUAUAGGACUUAGAAUCUUUUUCUUAAGAUGAUGAAUACAGAUCUUUUAGGAAACACUUAGAAUCAAUUUUCACUUUUCAGAUUUGUGCCACUGAAAAGGUGUAGAGAAAGUAAGAGAUGGGAAUCACAUUAGUGUCUCAUGAUGUACGUACG